CUAUUGGUACACGAUGAACAGGAUGCUAUCGUUUAUGUAAAAGUUGAUGGGGAUAUUCGGAUAAUUUGUGGUAUUUAUAAAACCACUAGAGCCUGGAUAGCUUUAUAAACCCGCUGUUUACAUGCUUGAGCAAAGAGCUCGAGGAACGAAGAAGCUCACCUUUGGCAUGUGAGAAAGCCCAAGGACAUCUGAGGGAAUCAGCAGAACGAGGGCAGAAAGUUGGAGCGCAACGCGUACAUUCCAGUCUCUCUGCAAUUGCCAGAACCUGACGCGUUGAAGAUCAUGCGAAAUAUGGAGCUCACUGCACGCUGGACUGGCAUGGGCAGGGUGUUUUCACUGCUGGUGCUUGUCGCAAAUCUGGCCUUUUCGCAAGCCUACAAGAUCGAUCUUCACACUCAUAUCCUCCCUCCAUUCUACCUCGACUGGCUUACAGAACAAGGCUAUGGUCUCGUAAAUCCUCCAGCAUGGAGCCCGUCGCUGCACUUAGCAUACAUGGAGUCGAUAGGAACGGCGACAUCUGUGGUUUCCAUCGCACCUCCCGGAGUCGGUCCAUUCAACAAUAGCUCCUCAGCAACUACUCGAGCUAUAGCACGGAAGCUUAAUCAAUAUUCGCACGACGAGCUGGCGAAAGCAUACCCUGGGAAAUUCCAGUUCUGGGCGACUGUGACUCUGCCAGAUGUGGAAGGAUCCAUCGCGGAAGCCAAAUACGCAUUGGAGGUGCUCAAUGCGACCGGAAUUUUUCUUGAAUCUAACAAAUUGGGAAUAUAUCUGGGCGAUCCUGCAUUCGAUUCUUUCUUCCAGUUUCUCAACGACGUGCACGCUCUGGUCUUCAUCCACCCCACCAACGUCCCGAAUGUACAAGCUCUUCCGGGACUAGCGCCAAAUGUGUUGGACUUCACAUUGGACAUCACACGCGCAGCCGUCAAUUUGGUCUUCACGAACACAACUCAGAAGUAUCCCAAUGUCACUUACAUCUUGGCAAACGCGGGAGGCUCCGUAACCCUCCUUGCUUACAGAGCUGCUCUGAGUUCACGGUACUCUCUGCCUGUGAUGCUCGAGGAGCUAAAAAAGUUCUAUUACGACACCACGUUUUCCAGCACCCCAUCCGCGAUGCCUACCAUUCUGCAGUUCGCAACUCCGGACCGCAUGACUUUCGGAAGCGAUUGGCCGCAAGGACAGGAUUUUGGGACGCCAUUCUACACGCAAACAAUAGAGGAGUAUCCCUUGGACCAAAGUGAUAGAGAGAAGAUCCUUAGAGCCAACGCUGAAGGCCUCUUUAGACGAAACUCUUGACGAUACAAUGCGUUUCAGCGCCCUACGUUUUAGACUUCUCUGUCUGCCUUCGCUGGACAUUUAUACGGAGCUUCCCAUGAUUUUGGUUGAGAUUUUACCGGGAUUGUUCAGUUUACAUUUAUGAUCGACGAGGAUUCGGGUCAUUGAAAGAAAGGUCCGUGGAAGCUACGAGUGAAUAGGGUCAGUUCUCCAGCUCUGCAUUUUCAGAACAACAGACAGAGUAGUUGAUGGAGCAGGUUAUAAGCAAGGUGCGAUGAAUGAGGAAAGCGAAAUUUUUAGCGUUUAGUCCGAGUCGAAAGAAGAUAGAGUUCUCCCGUUCUGUGUCGAAUCUGGGCAUGCGCAGUCGCAUGUGCACAGGAGAACAAGAGAGCGUAGUGAAAAACAAGCGGGAAAAUUUCCCACUGUCAUGCUUUGCGAUUCAGUGUAUCCGGACCAAUUUUGGGAGAAUCAAUAGAUUUGAAGCAGUAACGAAAAUCUCCAGUGUAGGCAGUUGGCGCACGGCUUCAACUCUGAUAUGGAUUAAGUCACAGUGAAGUUCUCUGGUCCACUUCCCGGCAGGGCAACUCUAUCCUUGUCAGACACGUCUGAGAAUUCUUGUGGUUUAUACGCAUACCAUCGUCAGCGUCACCCAGAAGUAAUCAUCGAGGAGAGGAAGUAGAGAUUAGCAACGAUGGACCUUGUUCAUCCCACCAUUCAAUUACAUGGAGGGUUCUGCGUCCUUUGCUCUUGGUGACUCAUCUUACCUUGCGGGGAAUUUUUUCACAUGUGAUUGGCUCACACAUACUUCAUUU